UUUAUUUACAAAUGGAAAGAGAUCUGACAUAUUAUAAAAAAUACGGAUCCAAAAGACGAGUAAACGGCCUACAGUUGCCUUUAAACGGUCAGCAAGUAUUAGGAUGGAGUGUUUUAUUCGUCACAGGAUUGCUGAAUUUUUUAGUUUUGACUGAAAUCCAAUUUUAUAAGUUAAAGCUUGCCUCAAUGAUCAUAUAUGCUGUCUUUUAUAGUUCGCAUUUAAUAUUUCAUAGCAUUGCGUUGAUUCUGGACCCCGGUGAGGCGGACUUACGACACAGUGGCACAAAUGACGUACCAGAGUUCGAUAGAAAUAUCCAUGCACACGUUAUUGAAAAUGGAAGGUGUCAUCUGUGCAAUAUAAAUACCAGCGAUAAGAGAACUAAGCAUUGUGGAUUAUGCAAUAAGUGUGUGUACAGAUUCGAUCAUCACUGUAAGUGGUUAAACAGCUGUGUUGGAAAAAGAAACUAUGCAGCUUUCAUUGGAUGUGUCACAACCGCUUUAAUUAUAUCGCUUCUCACUUCUUCUCUGUGCCUAACGGAUAUUGUUAUGUUUUUUAAUAACAGCCAGAGUUUUGAUGAAAAAACACUAAACUAUAUUAAUUGUACAAACAUAGAAAAUCAUAAGUACGAUGUGAAAUUUUGUAUGAACUCCAUUUGUUUUCUAGUAUUUUUAUUAAUUUAUUUAUUCUGUGGUGUAGCAGUGACAUGCGCAUUGUUCCAAUUAUUGUGCUUCCAUUUUUAUAUAAACAUAUUAGGCAUAUCAACGUAUGAAUAUAUUGUGAAAAUCCAGCGAUCACCGAAUAAACACAUUGAACAAUCUUGUUCAAACAACACAAAUUAUAAUACUAACAAUAGGAAUUGUAAAUUAAAUGCAAAUCAGUCCCAGUUAAUUAGAACACAAACAGGAAUCGUCAGUUUGAUGACGGUUCUGAUUGCCCAAGAAAUAGAGAAAGCGAGAACAGUUUUGAAUUUAGAUCGAAAUAAGAUUCAUCCUUCAGUGACAAGAUAGCAUACCGCAAUGAUACGUUCAUAGAUGUUAUUUUUAUUUUUAUCAAUACAUUUUUUACAACAAUAUUAUGUUACUUUUAAUACUCAACAUUAUUAAUUACAUUAGUCGACAAUAUUAUGUAAGUACAUUACCUUAAACUUCUUUACGCACCUUUGAAUUGGGGAGUAAGCUGGUGAAUGAGUGACAAGAGCGCGGCGUUACGCACGAACGCUAACGUUACGCGAACGGUGAUGAUUUUAUUAUUUCUUUUCGUUCUUGAACAAAUUUUUAUAUUAAUACUUUGUUUUACUUUAGUCAUAUGGUCUAAAGCAAACUCGGUUUCAUAAUGCAUUUUUUGUAAUAAAAAGUAACAGAAAUGCAAGGCGUUGACGGUGGGAGGAACGGUGGGAGGGUGGGGACCUGAAGUUAUACGCCCUGCCCUUUACAAUACAUUGCCGCUCAGGAUUCUUAUUGAACACAGAAUCACAAUAAUUGCUCUCGUUACUUUGAGACAUAAUGAUGGUAAGACUCAAGAGCCAUGUUGGUAGAUAUUAGAUCAUAUCACUAGCUUGCCCUUGAAACCGAAACAAAAAUGCACAUUACUGCCUCACGACAGAAAAAGGCGUCGAUGUGAGUCCUUACGUUAAGAGUAUAUAUUCUUAGUUCCUAAUCCACCUAGCCGCAAAACAAAUAUUAUUUGCCUGCAAAUAAAAACAGAUACGAUAUUAACUUAAAUCGCUUAAUUCGCGGAUACGUAACCAUGAAAUAUUAUUCAUUUUU